AUGAUGCCGCGGGGCUUACCACCACGAGGCCCACCUGGCAGUUUCCCACCUACUAGUGUUGCGGCUGUACCCCCUGCAGGCGGUGCCGCUGCAGCUCGUUUCGGCAAGCUCUCUGUGAAGGUGUUGCGUGCGUUUGACCUAAAAAAGCUGGGAAUGCUGGACACUGCAGACCCGUAUGUGAAGCUCACGAUCGGCACGCAGAACGUACAGACUAAGGUCCAAGCAGGCGGUGGCAAGACGCCUGAGUUUAAUGAGACCUUCGACUUCAAUAUUGCAACCGAGAAGGAGCUCGUGGUCGAAGUUUGGGACCAAGAAAAAGGAGGACAAGACCGGUUCAUGGCGCAGGCGAAGGUGGAGAUCGUGUCGUGGCUAUCAAAGGGUGGCUUUGAAGGUGACGUCGAGCUACGGGAUCGCGAGAACAGCCCUGCCGGGAAGCUGGCGAUCGUUGCCAAGUUCACGAAGCCCGAAAUUGGCGCGACAGGACCCGUCAAGGCUCCACCCAUGGCCCCUCCGAUACUCUCAGGUCCUGCAGUGGCUCCGUUGCCCCCAGGAGCGAAUGCCGUAUCUGUUCCUGGUGCGCUGCCAUUGGCACCGUCCGAACCGCCUCGAGACCCGAACGGCAAGUUCACCGACAAGGAGAUUCUCGAGGCAUUUAAAGCCUUUGAUCUGGAUCACAAUAACUAUGUGGGUGCUGCGGAAAUCCGCCAUGUGCUAAUAAAUAUUGGCGAGGCGCCUACAGACGAAGAAGUAGAUGAAAUGAUCAAGAUGGUUGACAAGGAUGGCGAUGGCCAGGUGAGCUUUGCCGAGUUUUACGCGAUGGUUACGAAAGGGAAGCAGCCCCCACCCGGAUUGGGUGUCACUACAGCUCUUCCGGAGAAAGCUGCAGCUCCUGGAGGUGCAGUUUCGGGCGCUCAGGCCAUUCAGCUUCGUAAUCAGCGCAAAAUGGCGCUGGAAGAGUUUGCACGCGAUAACGGUAUCAAACCCGAGAGUGUGAAGAAGGCGUACAAGCGAUUCCAAGCCACAGAUAAAGAUGGAUCGGGCCAGAUCGACUACUCGGAGUUCUGCGAGGUGCUGCAGGUGGAUCCAUCGCCGCAGUGCGAGAAGGUGUUCCAGUUGUUCGACAAUGACAAGACGGGUCGGAUCGACGUCCGGGAGUUCAUGAUUGCGUUGUCUAAUUUCACGGGUGCUGAGAAGGAGGAGAAACUAAAGUUCGCGUUCCUCGUGUUUGAUGAAGAUGGUAACGGUGUGAUCACGCGACAAGAACUGAUGAAGAUCCUGAAGGCGAACCACAUGGCCUCUAGCGAAUCGGAAGUUGCGCGCAAGGCGGACACUAUUAUGUCCCAAGGGGAUAAGGACGGCGACGGAGUUAUCUCGUUCGACGAGUUCUCAGUUGUGAGCAAGAAGUUUCCUAAUAUUUUGUUCCCAGCCUACACGCUAGGUACGGCCAAAGAUUAGAAUACCCGAUGAAUACAAUAUCCUUAUCUCUCGU